AUGCGCAUCAUACCGUUCCAUACGAACCUCGUCGACUCUCCGCAUGCCAACGAGCCAUUCCAGACGACAUCGCAUGCGACUCGCACCGUACCGCAAGCCACACAUUACCGAAUACACGUCACGACAUUCGCCACAUUGCUUCGUUCGCUCAUGUUGCAAGCUAGGGCUUCCUCGAUGGAUUCUGUCAACGUUCCCAAGACCCGCCGUACCUACUGCAAGGGCAAGGACUGCAAGAAGCACACCCAGCACAAGGUCACCCAGUACAAGGCUGGCAAGGCUUCUCUGUUCGCUCAGGGUAAGCGCCGUUACGACCGCAAGCAGUCCGGUUACGGAGGUCAGACCAAGCCCGUCUUCCACAAGAGGGCUAAGACCACCAAGAAGGUCGUGCUCCGAUUAGAGUGCACUGCCUGCAAGACCAAGGCACAGCUCGCCCUCAAGCGAUGCAAGCACUUCGAGCUCGGUGGUGACAAGAAGACCAAGGGUGCCGCUCUUGUCUUCUAAGCGUGUCUCUUUCUCUCUCUUUUGCUGGGCCCUCGGCGUAGUCUUCAGGCGGACGGGAUGGACGGCUUUCCCAAUCGACUCAUGCUAUGCAUCAAUGCAACGAAAUGAAAGCGGAG